CCUUGGCGCACAGUCUUUCAUUUAGUACGGGGUAGUCGAUGCUGUAGUUGGCCAAAUUCGGUGUUACUACUUUACAAUUAUUUCAGAAAGGGAUGAAUGCUACAAUUAUUUGAACUGCGGUGCGAAUUCUAUCCGUUUGUAAUACACGUUUACUUGGAACGAUACCCAUAAUUUGUGAAAAUGUUCUCUGGUCUUACCAACCAGGUCAGUUCGUGGAUAGGAUCUGGAAAGGGUGACCAAGAGGAAAAAGUACCAACCCCCACCGAUGAGUGUAAUGCCGUUAAUACUACUACAAAUAUGGAUAAAAAAGAUGUAAGCCCCACUAAGCACAGUAAAUUAGAUAUGUUAACAAACGUGAAGAGUCAAAUUGGCGGAAUAGGCGGAUGGAUAGGAUCUAAUAUUCCAAAAUUUCGAAAGGGCGAGGGCGAAUUUGAGCAAAACGAACCACAGGAACGGCAGCUUUUGACGGAGGAUGUGGAUCCGUCGCACACGGUUGUAACCGAAAAGAAAGUGAAAGACGACGACGACAAUUCGAGUUUGUUGGUUAGUGCAACUGGAGGAGCAGAUUCCGCACCGCAAUCGAUUCCCGAGUCGCCGACUGAAGAGAAAGAUAAUCAGUUCGGAAAUGUCCAAAGUAAAGCGUUAGCUGGCGCAAAGUCGUUUGGCAGUUUCUUAUACUCUGCUGUUAAUAAGGCGGGAAAAACUGUGACUGAAGCCGGUGCGAAGAUCAAAAAAACUGUCGAAGAAAAUAGCAUUCUGGGUGAAUUUAACAAAGAGCAGGAGGCGUUUAUGAAAUCUCAACAAGGAACCACAGCGAGCGCUUUACCGCCUUGGGCCGGUUGCGCAAAUGAAGAAUCCUUGAAAGAAGAAUGCCUCAGUUUAUCUACUGACAAAAGGAAUUUUGUUAGGAGUCCGCCAGCCGGAGUGGACUUCCAAUUUAAUUAUGACAUAACUUAUCCAGUUGCUAUGGCAAUUAUGGAACAGGACCCUAACUUGGAAAAAAUGCGCUUUAAUCUUGUGCCUAAAGUAAUCAGCGAAGAAACUUUUUGGAAGAACUAUUUUUACCGUGUUAGCCUAAUUUGUCAGGCCAACGAGUUAUCGUUUAUGGGCAAUAGUCAAUCUGGUACAGAAACAAUAACUUCUGAUCAACCUAUAGAUCAAACGAUAAAAGACACCACAGACGAAUUUGUGUCAGACACGUUACAAGCCUCGUCGCAAGAUUUGGUCGAAGUACACGAAGGUAUGAAAAAACUGAACCUGGGCACAACAAAAAACUGCGAAGAGGAAUGGGAGAAAGAGUUAGAGGCUGAACUGCAAGACUACGAAGUCGUUAGUGAGAAUAAAUCCCUUAGCUCCAAGAACGAUAGCAACUGGGACAAAGACAUUGAAGAUUUGCUUGAAGACGACACAGAUCUAAAAUAAUCUAGUUAACCUCCUAACUGUGGCUGUUAUUUUGUGACUUUGUAUCUUGGGGCUAAUGUUAUUUUAACUAUUUCGAUGCUUACUGUUUUUGUUAAAAUAGACAUUAGUAAAAUGGGUUAAAAAUGGGAAGGUCGGUUAUAAAAAAAUAUUUUUCUAAUCCACUCAUUAUUUUGGAGUUUAAGAAAGGGCCUAUUGCUAACCCGCAAGUAACAUUCAUUCGCAUUUAUUAAUCCAUUGCGAAUUUUAGUACAAAAAUUUUCAAUAAAUAUAACAUUCCAAUGUUAGUAGUGCGUAGUUUUUGUUUAUGUUGAUAUUUCUAGUCAGGUGUGGAAUGUAGCCAUUUUAUGUCAAUUACGUUUUGUUAAAUGUAUAUUAGAGACAACUAUUCUAUGGUCUACACCUUUUACAUAUUUGUAAAGUAUGAUAAAAUAUAGUAAUAUAUAUGGAUAAAUAUAUGUUCAAUAAUUAAAAAAUCACUUGAGUAAAUUUAAGUUCAGUCCUGUACAUUUAUUAUUGAAAGAUUUAUGCAAAGCUGUUAUCGUUUGUAGUUGUAUUAUUUAGCGUUACAUUGUUUAGUUGAUGUCAUUCCCUUCUAUUACUUUCAAAAUACCUUCCUUCAAUAGCCACUUAAGUUACAAUCUAAUUACUUCAAAAAAUUGUAAGACCAUGUUAUAGCAACGUAGAAUUUAGCCCAUGUGUGUGUUAAAACGCAAAUCCAUUCUGUAUUCUUCAAUUAUAUUGCAUAAAAUUGUUAAAUAAAUGUAGCAGUUAUACCUCAAACUGA